AUGGGGGCAUUUGCGGGCAUUGACGACAUUGCAUUCCAUUCAAACAUACCUGUGGCGGCAGACAUAACAGUAGCCAUAGUGUACGCUGUGUUUGGUAAGUGAGCUCUCUCUUCAGAAAUGAUUCACUAACACCCCCAGUUACCCACAUGAAGGAAAACAGAGCCGCACUGCUUUUCUUCAAAUGAAAAUGUACUGUAGGCAGAAAGGAGAGGAUGAAGCAUCUUACUGUACUGUAACAUGACCAACUCUAUCAGUCAGCUUCCUGCUGUGAGGACUGUUCUGCUUCAGCUGAGACAUGUCCAUCAACUCAACAUGAUGCCAGACUACACACUGGGAGUGGGUGUAUGUGUGUGUGUGUGUGGAGGGUGGGGGAGGAUCUGUAUUUCCAUAGACACACAGACACACGUCUCAUCUUGGGUUCUGACAAGAGAGGAGGCCGUGGGGCGUUAGUUCUGUCAAUGGUUAAGCUGUGCGCCAAGGCCACAAUGCUGUAGAAAUCUUACCCAGAUUAACUAGCUAGCUUUCCACCAAAGUCUUUGAUCUUAAAAGUAUUACUGGAAACGUUUUAUAUCUAAUACAGGCUAUAGCAGCAAGCUCUGAAGAGAGAUAAAAACAGGCACACUACACCCCCCACCCCCCCCCCCGUGCACCUUUUUGAUUAAACGCAGAACAAGCCUGAAAUGCACAGUGAAGAGUUCUGUAUGUUCAAAGUGGUGGGGAAUAAAAUGCUAAGGGUCUCUUGAAGAUUUCCCUCCACUCUUAUGGAUGUAUUGAGAUAUUUAUAUAUAUAUAUAUAUAUACACACAGUGCCUUGCAAAAGUAUUCAUCCCCUUUGGCAUUUUUCCUAUUUUGUUGCAUUACAACAUGUAAUUUAAAUGGAUUUUUAUUUGAAUUUAAUGUAAUGGACAUACACAAAAUAGCCAAAAUUGGUGAAGUGAAAUGAUUAUUUUUUGUUUGGGGUCACUUAGAAAUGUCAUUGUUUUCCAUGAAAUGAGUUUGAAUAGGAAAUAUAGCAAAAUGCAUGAUUUUUUCAUUGAAAUAAUAAUUGUCCUUCAAACUUUGCUUUAGUCAAAUAAUCCUCCAUUUGCAGCAAUUACAGCCUUGCAGACCUUUGGCAUUCUAGUUGACAAUUUGUUGAGGUAAUCCGAAGAGAUUUCACCCCAUGCUUCCUGAAGCACCUCCCACAAGUUGGAUUGGCUUGAUGGGCACUUCUUACGUACCAUACGGUCAAGCUGCUCCCACAACAUCUCAAUAGGGUUGAGAUCUGAUGACUGUGCUGGCCACUCCAUUACAGACAGAAUACCAGCUGACUGCUUCUUCCCGAAAUAGUUGUUGCAUAGUUUGGAGCUGUGCUUUGGGUCAUUGUCCUGUUGUAGGAGGAAAUUGGCUCCAAUCAAGUGCUGUCCACAGGGUAUGGCAUGGCGUUGCAAAAUGGAGUGAUAGCCUUCCUUCUUCAAGAUCCCUUUUACCCUGUACAAAUCUCCCACUUUAUCACCACCAAAGCACCCCCAGACUAUCACAUUGCCUCCACCAUGCUUGACAGAUGGUAUCAAGCACUCCUACAGCAUCUUUUCAUUUGGUCUGCGUCUCACAAAUGUUCUUCUUUGUGAUCCGAACACCUCAAUCUUUGAUUCGUCUGUCCAUAACACUUUUUUCCAAUCUUCCUCUGUCCAGUGUCUGUGUUCUUUUGCCCAUCUUAAUAUUUUAUUUUUAUUGGCCAGUCUGAGAUAUGUCUUUUUCUUUGCAACUCUGCCUAGAAGGUCAGCAUCCCGGAGUCGCCUCUUCACUGUUGACGUUGAGACUGGUGUUUUGCGGGUACUAUUUAAUGAAGCUGCCAGUUGAGGACCUGUGAGGCGUCUGUUUCUCAAACUAGACACUCUAAUGUAUUUGUCCUCUUGCUCAGUUGUGCACCGGGUCCUCCCACUCCUCUUUAUAUUCUGGUUAGAGCCAGUUUGCGCUGUUCUGUGAAGGGAGUAGUACACAGCGUUGUACGAGAUCUUCAGUUUCUCAGAACAAGAAUAGACUGACGAGUUUCAGAAGAAAGUUAUUUGUUUCUGGCCAUUUUGAGCCUGUAAUCGAACCCACAAUUGCUGACGCUCCAGAUACUCAACUAGUCUCAAGAAGUCAAGUGUUAUUGCUUAUUUAAUCAGCACAACAGUUUUCAGCUGUGCUAACAUAAAUGCAAAAGGGUUUUCUAAUAAUCAAUUAGCCUUUUAAAAUGAUAAACUUGGAUUAGCAAACACAACAUGCCAUUGGAACACAGGACUGAUGGUUGCUGAUAAUGGGCCUCUGUACGCCUAUGUAGAUAUUCCAUAAAAAAUCAGCCGUUUCCAGCUACAAUAGCCAUUUACAACAUUAACAAUGUCUACACUGUAUUUCUGAUCAAUUUGAUGUUAUUUUAAUGGACAAAAAAGUUGCUUUUCUUUUGAAAACAAGGACAUUUCUAAGUGACCCCAAACUUUUGAACGGUAGUGUAUAUACAUAUAUAUAUAUAUAUAUAUAUAUAUAUAUAUAUAUAUAUAUAUAUAUAUAUCACUCAUCUCCCCAUCCAUCCAUAUGUCAUAUUUGAAGUUAUUACACAUUUCAUGAUUUACAUUUUUUCCGAUUACUUCCUACAGUUACAUACAUACAUUCAGAUGGGUCAGAGGGUCAUGUACAUUCAAGGUCAUGGACAUCUUUACAUUGUUCAAAGGCAGUGCUUCUCAAUGAAUAUAUUGUAACUAGAAGUAAGACCCUUCUCAAGCUGUCUGACAUUAGGCUGGGAUAGGGCAGGUGUUACAAUAAGACCAGAUACAUUGAAUUCAAAGCUAUGCUGUAAAGGGAUAUAAUGUGGCAGCUUUGAUAUUACAUAGACUUCCAGUUAAAAGGAAAUGUUCUUAUGAAGUUAAAUGUUUUGUAAUAUCUACUGGCCGAUAUAUUAAUGAUGCAAAUACUAUUUCCUUUGUGUGAUUAUAAAUUAAUUUGGAGAAUUUAGCAGGCUGUAAGAGAGACAUUGGUGAUCAAGGAUGUUCAUAUUGUGCUACUGAUAUUGAUAUUUCAGCCGUUUUCAUCUCUUUGUUGCUUCUCCCAUAUUGAUGACAAAAUAAUUAGGGUAUCUAAUGACGAUUGAUUUAGAUAAGAAGAUUGGAAAAUCAAUGAAGUGAAUUUCUAUAGAAUGGUUGAAUGAGAGGUAUAAUUCCAAAAUCUAAAAUAUGUCCUUUCUUUGUACUUCUAGAUUUAUGGAGUGUCCUUGUUCAUUUGUUACAACAACGUGUAAUUACACUUCAUUGAUAGGACAAGCCUGGGGAAAUGAUAUAACAUAUUCAGUGUCUCUGAACACUUCACUUAAUAUUCCUUCUGAAAACAGCCCCAUUGGGACGUCAUUUAUUUCAAACAUGUUCCUUAACUGUACUGUUUUUAGGCAUGUAAAUAGAAUGACUAAAAUGGACAUACCCCCAGACGACAGCCAUUUGACAGUACAUCCAUUUCUGUUCUAGUAUUUUUAUUUCUACAUAUGUAUAAGCCGCCAGUUGUUGUCCUCAGCUGUGUCUGUCUCUGUGGUAGUUCUCACAGCAGGCUACUGAGUUGUGUCUCUGUCUCUGGUGUGCAGGCAUGUGCUCUCUGUUUGGCAACAGCACGCUUCUCUACGUCUCCUACAAGAAGAAGCACCUGCUCAAACCUGCUGAGUUCUUCAUAAUCAACCAGGCCAUCAGCGACAUGGGUCUGACCCUGUCCCUCUACCCCAUGGCCAUCACUUCCAGCAUCUACCACAGGUACUGUACACACCUGUUUACACUACAAAGCCAAGCCUAGCAAAUAUCUACCACAGGUACUGUACAAAUAACAGUGAAAUAAGGACGUACCCAGGUCUGGUACUGUAUGCAAUUUUACACUACAGAGUCCAGCCAAGCUGAACUGUGCUGACCUGGUUACUCAUCCACUGGAACCUCCUAGAAAGGAUCAAGUGAAAAGGAAAUGUCCAGGCCAGCACAGUGGAGUUUGGUUCAACAUAAUAGCAUGAAAGACCCCAUACAGUACUGCCAAGCCACAGUAACAGCCUAUUGGAGAGAAAAGGAAAGGCUUCACAUCACAUGUGACUGGCUCCUGUACUUCACAGACAGAGAUGGAGGAAACAGUAGUGUUUUGACUGAAUGCUUUGAUGUCUAACGCUGGCCACCACACUGUUUUAAGGCAGAUUAGUGAAUGUGUUGGGUUUGUAUUAAAAACUCUCCUUUCCAAUUGUCAAGGUUCAAUUAGCGAUCUGGUUUGGUCGUGUGGUUACAGGUGCUGCUUUAUACUAUCCAUGGAGUGCUAAACAAACAACCAGUGGGUUCUCUCUCCAACUUUCUCUUUCUUUCUGUGUCUCUCUCUCUUUCUCACUCUCCCUAAUUUUCUUCCUCUCUUUUUUCCCUUCCCCCCCUUCCCUCAGGUGGCUGUUUGGGAAAACAGCGUGUUUGAUCUACGCGUUCUGCGGCAUGUUGUUUGGAGUCUGCAGUCUGACAACUCUCACCCUGUUGAGCAUGGUGUGUUUUGUGAAAGUAUGUUAUCCUCUCUACGGUAAGUCAUCAAAGAGCCUGGCCCUAGUCUUGCCCAUGGAAUUGACAUAGGAAUAGUACAUUCGAAAAUAAGUGGUUGACCAUUGAUGGCAAAAAAUGUAAAGAACUAGGUAAUUCCGCAAUGACCCAGCACUCAUCAGCCACUGCUUUGAUGGCUGACGAGUCCACUUGCGACUAGCCGACACUCAAUUAGUGUGGCUUGUGAUGUUGCCAAAAAACGGUGCUAUCCAGCUUUAUAUUCAGCGUUAAACUCUGAGAAUCAUUUUUUGGCAAUUGUACUGACAAAUUGCAUCUGCAUGGAUGCUUGGAUGUUUUAGCCCGAGACACGCUUAACCAAAUGGAACAAAUUAGUUAUUCAUUUAUUCAUUGCUGUUCUUUUGAAAUGUGGCCUAGUAUGUAAUAUAAUGGGUUAGUUAUCCAUAUAUUUAGUCAAUUCCAUGCAUACAUAUCCAGGGCUGGAAAUUGGGAAAAUCCCCCUCGGAGCAUUCAAAGCAGUUCAGAAAAAUGUGUACCUGUCAAAAUAUUACCCUAUGACAUUUUCACUUUGAGAAACAUCAUGUUCCUCCGCAAAUCCACCCAUGUACUUAUCAGAAUCUCUAAUGAUGACCAUGCUACCUAUUAAAGGUGCAAUAUGCAGAAAUCAUGCUGCCAUUUCCUGGUUGCUAAAAUUCUAAUAGUUUGCCUAAUUUCAGUUUAUGAAAAUCAUUGCACCAUCUAAAGCGCUGUGAAAUAUAUUUUCAAUAAUCAAAAAUAUUAUAUUUUCAGCUGUUUGAAGCUGGUGUACAAAAUCGAAAGUAAAAGCCGCUAAAACGAAAUGGAAAGCAUAGAAAUAGCACACAUAGAACAUAUCUACCGCUUCUUAGACAUCUUUUCUAUGCGAAUGACAGAUCUAUAACUCACAUUCCUAUGUGAAUUUGGUCGGGUCGCCAACAAAGUUACAUAUUGCAGCUUUAAACUGACUGUCCACCUCCCCAUCCAUCCAUCCAUCCAUCCAUCCAUCCAUCCAUCCAUCCAUCUCCUUAUCAAUACAUCUCUCCAUCCAUCCACCUCCCUAUCAAUACAUCUCCCCAUCCAUCCGUCCAUUCAUUCAUGUCCCCAUCCAUCUGUCCAUUCAUCCAUGUCCCCAUCCAUUCAUCAAUACAUCUCCCCAUCCAUCUCCCCAUCCAUCCAUGUCCCCAUCCAUCCGUCCAUUCAUCCAUGUCCCCAUCCAUUCAUCAAUAUAUCUCUCCAUCCAUCCAUCCAUCCAUCCACCCAUCCAUCCAUCCAUCCAUCCAUCCCCAUCCAUCCAUCCAUCCCCAUCCAUCCAUCCAUCCAUCCAUCCAUCCAUCCAUCCAUCCAUCCAUUUAUUGAUUCAUCCAUCCAUCUCCCCACCCAUCCAUCCAUAUCCCAUCCAUCCAUUUAUCCAUCAAUUCAUCCAUCCAUCUCCCCACUCAUAUCUCCAUCCAUCCAUCCAUCCAUCCAUCCAUCCAUCCAUCCAUCCAUCCAUCCAUCCAUCCAUCCAGGUAACCAGUUCAACCCCGUCCAUGGCCGUCUACUGAUAGCCUGUGCGUGGGCUUGGGCCCUGAUGUUUGCCUGCUCCCCUCUGGCCCACUGGGGUGAGUAUGGUCCGGAGCCCUACGGCACAGCCUGCUGCAUCGACUGGCGCCUGUCCAACCUGCAUCCCGUGGCCCGCUCCUACACUGCGGUGCUCUUUGUCUUGUGCUACAUCGUGCCCUGCUGUGUCAUCGUGGUGUCCUACACGGGCAUCCUGAUGACGGUCCGAGCCUCCCAUAAGGCGAUGGAGCAUCACGAGGCCCGUCAGACCAAGAUGAGCAACAUCCAGACUGUUAUUGUGAAGGUGAGCACUGUGUAGUCUCACAGCGGUACUGUAUUGUAAAGCAUGCUAUGACAACUUGCUUUAAAAAGGCAGAAAUACAUUUGAUUGGUUGAUACAUUUUGGGGAAGUCAUUCAAUUGUGUAUUAUAUAGUCACAACUAGGGCCACUUCACAUACUGUAAUAGGGGGUUUGUAGUUGGAAAGGGAAUAGGAUAAUAGGAAUGCAUGUUUAUGGAUGUAUGCUGUCCAGUCCUGUCUGGAUUAAUGUCAUGAACAGGAUGCUCAGUCAGUACUCUUUCAAGACUUCCCCUCAUUAAUACUGCAGAAAAUGGCUAACAAUAAUGAUUAUUUCGCUCUCUCGCUCUCUCGCUCUCUCGUAAUCUAGAUUCUUAGCCAUUUUCAGCCAGCCUUCCAUUCUUAAGCAAAAUUCAGGAGAAAUUGGUUUUCAAACAGCUAAAUUAUAUUUAAAUGCCAACUGUAUUUUGGAAAAAUUCCAAUAUGGUUUUCGGGCCCAGCACAGAGACAGCCUUAAAGUGGCAAAUGAUCUUAGAGCCAACACAGAUGCCAAACAGCUCUCUGUCCUUGUACUCUUGGAUUUAAGUGCUGCAUUCGACACUGUUGACCAUGAUGUCCUUCUGGACAGACUGGAGAGGUGGGUUGGCCUGUUGGGAGUUUUUUGUCACACUUGGUGAAAAUAACUCAUAGAAAAUACAUAUCGCAUGGGGCGUUCCACAAGGUUUGAUUUUUGGUACUGUUCAGAAAACACAGCAUUUAUUUUCACUGCUACGCAGACGAUACACAACUUUACAUUUCUGUGUCACCAGAGGAUUUUAGCUCCACAGAUAAAUUAUUAGACUGUAUUCAUGAUUUAAAUACUUGGAUGGCUCACAACUUCCUCCAGCUAAAUCAAGACAAGACCGAGGUACAUAUUGUUGGAGCCAAAGCACAGAGAGUGAAUCUGGCCGCACAUUUUAAUUCACGGGCAAUAAAGAUAAAACACCAGGUAAAAAACCUAGGAGUUAUUUUAGAUUCGGAACUCAAUUUCGAUUCACACAUUAAGAAUGUGACUAAAAUAGCUUUUUACCACCUGAGGAACAUUGCCAAGGUGCGGACGUUUCUCUCUCAGGCUGAUACAGAGAAACCUAUCCAUGCUUUAUUACAAGCAGGCUUGACUACUGUAAUGCUCUCCUGGCUGGUCUACCCAAGAAAGCUAUUGGUCAACUGCAAAACAUACAGAAUGCUGCAGCAAGGGUACUGACCAAGACAAGAUGGAGAGCACACAUUACACCGGUUUUAAGGUCUCUGCACUGGCUGCCUGUGAGUUUUAUAAUACAUUUUAAGAUUCUCCUAUUGGUUUUUAAAUGAAUCCACGAUUGUGCAUCCCAAUACAUGUCUGACAUGCUUUUAAGUUACAGUACAUUCGGAAAGUAUUCAGACCCCUUUACUUUUCCCACAUUUUGUUACGUUACAGCCUUAUUCUAAAAUUGAUUAAAUAGUUUUUUUUACUCAUCAAUCUACACACAAUACCCCAUAAUGACAAAGCAAAAACAGGUUUUUAUUAGGGGUGUAACGAUCCAUCUACUACAUCGAUGUAUCGAUUUAUAUUCCUAUGAUCCAACUACAUCGAUCUGUGCUCGGCGAGUUGGCCUUUUGGACAACAUAUAUCAAUCUAACAUCGUUUUAAAAUGUAAUAAAUCGAUUGUAUCGAUACUAGGAAAUAACCCAUUGGAUUUAAGCACGUCAGACUUUAUGUGGAUGUUUUUUCUUAGCACUUUUAAUGAUAAAGGCUUUAAACAUUACUCGAUUCAGUCUGCCUAUCCGUGACGUCAUCGCCCCGCACCAGCAGCAGCGCAAAGGCGCAAAGACAACAAAACAUAGCAUGGCGGACGACAGAGGAGAAGCCGACGAGCGAGAAAUUAUCAAGCCACCAUUGCGGUCCUUACAAGAAACAGGAAUCUAGGAAACUUCACCUGCACUGUCCAGUAUCCAGGAAUUUAUUUCAGUCACACUGGUUGAAUUUUUGGCUAAAAGGUUACUGAAUCGAUUUCAAGUCACUGAAUCGUUUCGGAUCGUAUCGUUCUAAAUGAACCAAUAUCGUCCUUGAAUCGUAUCGACAACCACGAAUCGUGAUACAAAUCGAAUCGUUGUUAAAACGAAUCGUUACACCCCUAGUUUUUAUACAUUUUUGCAAGUUUUACAUAUUCAAACCCUUUACUCAGUACAUUGUUGAAUAACUUUUUGGCAACGAUUGCAGCCUCGAGUCUUCUUGGGUAUGACACUACAAGCUUGGCAUACCUGUAUUUGGGGAGUUUCUCCCACUGUUCUCUGCAGAUCCUCACAUGCUCUGUCAGGUUGGAUGGGGAGCAUCGCUGCACAGCUAUUUUCAGAUCUCUCUAGAGAUGUUCGAUUGGGUUCAAGUCCGGGCUCUGGCUGGGCCACUCAAGGACAUUCAGAGACAUGUCCCGAAGCCACUCCUGCAUUGUCUUGGCUGUGUGCUUAGGGUUGUUGUCCUGUUGGAAGGUGAACCUUCGCCCCAGUCUGAGGUCCUGAGCACUCUGGUGCAGGUUUUCAUCAAGAUCUUGCUGUACUUUGCUCCGUUCAUCUUUGCCUCGAUCCUGACUAAUCUCCCAGUCCCUCCCGCUGAAAAACAUCCCCACAGCAUGAUGCUGCCACCACCAUGCUUCACCUUAGGGAUGGUGCCAGGUUUCCUCCAGACGUGACGCUUGGCAUUCAGGCCAAAGAGUUCAAUCUUGGUUUCAUCAGACCAGAGAAUCUUGUUUCUCUUGGUCUGAGAGUCCUUUUGGCAAACUCCAAAAAGGGCUGUCAUGUGCCUUUUACUGAGGAGUGGCUUCCGUCUGGCCACUCUACCAUAAAGGCCUGAUUGGUGGAGUGCUGCAGAGAUUGUUGUUCUUCUGGAAGGUUCUCCCAUCUCCACAGAGGAACUCUGGAGUGCUGUAAGAGUGACCAUCGGGUUCUAGGUCACCUCCCUGACCAAGGCCCUUCUCCCCCGAUUGCUCUGUUUGGCCGGGCGGCCAGCUCUAGGAAGAGUCUUGGUGGUUCCAAACUUCUUCCAUUUAAGAAUGAUGGAGGCCACUGUGUUCUUGGGGAUCUUCAAUGCAGCAGAAAUGUUUUGGUACCCUUCCACAGAUCUGUGCCUCGACACAAUCCUGUCUCGGAGCUCUACGGACAAAUCCUUUGACCUCAUGGCUUGGUUUUUGUUCUGACAUGCACUGUCAACUGUGUGACCUUAUAUAGACAGGCGUGUGCCUUUCCAAAUCAUGUCCAAUCAAUUGAAUUUACCACAGGUGGACUCCAAGUUGUGGAAACAUCUCAAGAAUUAUCAAUGGAAACAGGAUGCAUCUGAGCUCAAUUUCGAGUGAAAUAGCAAAGGGUCUGAAUACUUAUGUAAAUAAGGUAUAUAUAUAUAUAUAUUUAAUACAUUUGCAAACAUUUCUAUAAACCUGUUUUCGCUUUGUCAUUAUGGGGUAUUGUGUGUAGAUUGAUGAGGGAAAUUAAAAAAUAUAUAUAUUUUAGAAUAAGGCUGUAACAAAAUGUGGAAAAAGACAAGGGGUCUGAAUACUUUCCAAAUGCACUGUAUGUACCAAGUAGGUCCCUCAGGUCCUCUGGCACUGGCCUUUUAACUAUCCUAAAGCCUAGGACCAAGAGGCAUGGAGCAGCAGCCUUUAGUUACUAUGCCCCCAGCCUCUGGAAUAGCCUGCCAAAUAACCUGAGGGGGGCCGAAACUGUGGACAUUUUUAAAAGAGAUCUUAAAACACACCUUUUAAGCUUUGCUUUUCCUUAGUCGUUCAGUUUUUAUUGUUAUUCUUUUUUUUUAAAUCUUAUGUUUGUUGUGUAGUAAAUAGUUCAGUUUUUAUUUUAAUUGUUUUUAUUAGUUUUUUCCUGUGAAGCACAUUGUGUUGCAUUGCAUGUCUGAAUUGUGCUGUAUAAAUAAAGCUUUUGAUCUCUGUUUCUCUCGCUCUCCCUGAGAUUGGAAGUAACUUCAAUAGAUCCCCUAGUGAUGGAGGUUCUCAGAGGAAAUUGGCUACAGUUAUACAGGAAUACAUUAUGAUGGAUGUGGAGUCAGGUGCCUGCUGCAAUCGCUGCUUAGUGGUCAUCAGCCAAAGCCAUCCUUGCUAUGAGCUUCGCCCGUGAUCCAUAGCUGCGGGAAGUAGGGUGGCCAUUUUGUUACGUUCCCCAGCAAGAAAACCAAAAAUGUUGCUCAAACAGAAAAGGGGAAUUAGGGGAAGUUUUAGGAGGGGUUCAGAAAGACACAAAAUGGGGGUGUCCACUGAAAUUUAACUAGCAACAACAACUGGAACCUAAAAGAUACCCACCAUGAGCACCCACUAAAUUUGCCUAAGAAGAGGCAAACAAAAGAAAAACCUACACCAAAAUUAAAGACAGGAAGAAAACCAAAAAGGUGGAGCAAAACAAAAUCAGACAAAGGAACGUUUUUCUAGAAAUCAAAUAGGAAUAGCCAGCUAAAGGUAUUGACCCUCCACAUCUCUCAAGAUAACUGGAGCACUUGGCCAGCCACUCUUAAAUAGCACCUGGGCCAGGUCAGGUGAAACGCCUUCCCACUAAUUAGAUGGCAACCAACACAGGUGUAACACAUACUGACUAACGAGGUGACACCGAUCUGUGCUCCCUACGUGCUAACGAGCUAUACGUGCUAAAGUCCAACCCUAAAACAUAAAUGGAAAAACCAAAACCUGCAACACCUUCCCCUUAAGACAACAAAUAUAUCCUAUAUUUUUGUUGGGCAAGUUUACUCACCACCAACCGAAAACAACUUCCAUCUCACAACAUGAUCAACUUAAAUGCUUCGCUACUUAAAUAUGUUGCCUUCUCCAAUAUAAACAAGGUGUCUACCUGCUGUCAACAACUAAAUGCCAGACAGAACAGCCACCCCAAAACAUCUUCCCGCGACCAUGCCGUGAUCCAUACGAGAAAGCUUCACUUAUAUAAUAUUUUACUCUCUCCAUCCAAUCAAUGGAAGUCAGAUAGGCUCUGAUGUCCUUUUCUUUAAACCUUGGCGUUAAAAUAAUCUCAAUGGCCUGUUUCAAUCAUUUAAUCCUCGAGAGUCAGUCAGUUGUGUAUGGAGUGCAGAGUGCAAUCUGACAAUAGAUCUUGUUAAACUGUUAACAUUUCUCUCUCUCUCUCUCUCUCUCUCUCUCUCUCUCUUUUCCAUUUUUUCUUCUUCUCCAGCUUAGUGUUGCUGUCUGUAUCGGUUUCUUCGCAGCGUGGAGCCCUUAUGCCGUGGUGUCGAUGUGGGCAGCGUUCGGACACAUGGAGAACAUCCCACCUUUGGCGUUCGCCGUGCCCGCCAUGUUUGCCAAGUCCUCCACCAUCUACAACCCCAUCAUCUGCCUGCUGCUGAGGCCCAACUUCCGCAGGGUGAUGUACCGGGACUUGGUGAGCCUUCGCAGGGCCUUUCUGAAGGUCUGCCUGUGCUCCUGCUCCCAGGGCGCUGUGGGGAAGUGCCACUCCCACUCCGUAGUCCGGGUCAGCCUCCAAUCGCUCCGCAGACGACUGGGCCACGGCCAGUCCUGUUCCCCCAACUCGUCCGCCUGCCAAGCUCUCGCCGGGUCCAGAGGUUGCAGCAGGGCCUGCGAGAAGUGCAGUGAUGCCUUUGAGUGCUUCAGACACUACCCCAGAGGUUGCCAUGGCGGCACCGACAUCCCCGGCUCCUCAGCCAACGUUAACACACCUCAGCAUCAGCUCUCAACAGAGCCCCGGCUGCAGCUGCAGCCAUUGAUGCAGAAACAGACACGGAAGCAGAGGCGGCAGCAGAAAAAGCAGGAAGCCUGUCAUAAGAAGUCCCUGCGAGCCACCAUGCACGGAAAAAGGACCUCGGAGAUCGACAACAUUCAGAUCAACUUGGAGAUGGUGCCGGGACACGCUAAAGUUGCCUGGCCCUAA